AUGGGCGACGUUGUCACAAACCCUAUUGACUGGCCUAGCCUGAGGCGCGUCAAGCCCGACCCGUCGGCGCCAACGACCCCCAGUCAGCCGUUCCGCUCUCUGUACGGCGCAGUCGCGACGGCAGGCACUAUCGCGGCCCUCCCGCCCGUGGUCGUCCUGACCAUGAUCAAGCACAAGAUCUACGGCCCACCCACGGGCGCGCGCGGUUGGAUGCCCAUGCGCGCCGAGGUGUUCAUGCGCGUGGUCCAGCUGGUUCUGUGCCGUUUCGUUUGGGCUAUGCCUGGAGUGGACCGCAAGGAAUGGGACCUUCACGCCAUUCCUGACGGUGUCGAAUGCAAGCAGGUCACGAUUCAGCCUGCGCGUGCCCCGCGUACUGGGUUUGCUGUGUGCGACGCGGUCGAGGGCGUCGCGCGCCCCGGCUUUAUCCUGUCGCCCAAGGACGCCGAGGCCAAGGGCUGGGACAAGGCUCUCCCCGGAGAGAAGGCGAUUCUGUACUUUGUCGGCGGAGGAUACGCCUUUGGACACCCGCUUGAGCGCCCGUUUGCCGGCCGGAUGGCCAAGAAGUUUGGUGUUCGCGUCCUGGCUGUCAACUACCGCAAGGUUUUGAACAGCUCGCAAGCUUUCCCCGCGCCCCUCCUCGACGCCCUCGCUGGCUGGGAGUACCUGACCAACAACCUCGGGUUUGAGGCCUCCAACAUCACCAUCAGCGGUGAGAGUGCAGGCGGAAACCUCUCUCUCCUCUUGACCCGUUACCUCGCCGACCUCGACACCCCCCUGCCUGGCGCGCUGGCUCUAUCGUCGCCCUGGUGCGACAUGGGCCCCGACAGCCACAAGCGCAACUCUAUGACUGCAAACUACUUUAGCGACUACCUGCCCUGGUUUGGUGCCAAGGCCGCGCGCUCCGCUGCCCGCCACUACGCCCAUGAAGCCCGCAGGACUGCCUACUUUGCACCCGUGCACGCUACCAAGGAGGAAUGGGCACACCUCAAGGACGUCAACGUCUACGUCCAAGCUGGCUCGGGCGAGAUCUUGGUCGACGAGAUCCGUAUCACUGUCAAGAACAUGCGCAGCGCCGGGGUGGAGGUUGCGUACGUCGAAGAGCCGGGAGGCGUGCACAUUGCUCCCUCGUUUGUGCUCUCUGGGUCCGAGGCGUGGCACCAGUGGAGAGACGAUGUUGGCCCGCUUGUCAAGGGCACGACCGCUGAGGUGAAGGGCUGGCCGGUGGUGCGGCCUAGCUGGGCGGAGGCGAACGAGGGGUUGCUCCAGUAG